CAGCUAUCCCUGGCUUAUCUCGCUGGGCAACAGCUGCGCCUGACUUUAUCUAGCGCUGCUCACAAACUUAGCAUGUGUUCAUUAUCCCUGGGCUUUCAGCUCCGGCUCCAGACUUCGAGCGGUUUAAUAUUUCUCUGGCGUUAUCUAAGUGAUACAGCAAACUGAUAUAAGCCGGAGGCUAGCUCAGGUGUCAGGUAAGUUGCGGCACAUCCAAGAUGAAGGGCAUUCUCAUGCUGGUUUGUGUCCUGCCCUGCUUCACGUCUGGGACCCCGCUCUCCUUCCCGGGGGAGGGGGAGCUGCGGGAGGUCUCCCCCGUCUACGCUGUCUCCGAUGGGGAGAUCAGGAGCCUCUCGGAGGCGCUGUACUCUGCCGACGUGAACAAGGCCACCAGCCGGGAGAUCGUCCUCAACCUGCAGCACAAGAUCUCCUCCGAGCAGAGCGGAGCAGGCCAAGACUACGCCAGCCAGAAGUGA